AUGGCGCUCGUCGUUGACGCCAAGGCCGCCGGCGCGUCCGCAUCCACCUCCACCGCCGCCACUGCGGCCGCGGCGGCGGACCACCUGUUCCUGGUCGUCCUCGACGGCGUCGAGACGCCCAUCCACGAGGGGACGCUGCACGGCAGCGCGGGGGGCACGGUCACCGUCACCGGCCCGGGCCAGCUCUCCGCCGACGGCCUCCGGAGCAGCGUCCUCGUCCGCGGCGGCGGCGAAGGCGGGGCCGUGCGGUUCACGCAAUGCGCCGACGCGGCCGCCGAGGGCGUGGGCGCGGCGAGCUUCGACCGGUGCGGCGCGGCGCGCGUGGAGGGCGCGCGGGAGGUGUCCGUGUCCCGGUGCCGCGCGGCCGAGGUGGAGCGCGCGGGGAGGGUCACCCUGGACCGGUGCCACGACGCGCGGCUCCGCGGAGGGGGAGCGCUCCGCGCCGCGCGGUGCCGCCGCGCCGACGUCGAGAGCUUCGGCGGGGUGCGCCUGGCGCGGUGCAGGGCCGCGCGCGCCGACUGGUGCGGCACCGUCGAGGUCGAGCUGUGCAGGGCCGUCGACGUCACCCGAUGCGGCGCCGUCACCGGGGACCGCUGCCGCGUCGUCAACGCCGCCGGGUGCGGCAGCGUCGACGUGGCGCGGGCCGUCAUCAACUUGGUGGAGGAAGAGCAGCAGCCGUAG